CGUGCCAGGGCAUUUGUGACAGACGUCAAAAAGAAUAAAUCGAAAAUUCCUUGUUUGUCGUGUGCUCUGUCAUUUAGGACUAUUACUCAAUAAGCGAGAUAUCCAUAGAAGGACGGUGUAUGUGUAACGGCCAUGCAGAUGAGUGCACGCAGACAGACAGUGGACUCAUGGCUUGCCACUGUCAACACAACACAUGCGGAGAGCAAUGUCAACGCUGCUGUGAUGGCUAUGUACUACAAGAGGGAUUUUGUGUUGGUGUUCCGGCGUCAUACUCCUCCACAGACGGACUACUAGCUAAGUCGAUGUCACCCUUAACAUCUGUAGAUAGGAACAACAUAUCUGCAAGGAACACUACCGAAUCUUCGUUGUUACAGACCACUAACAAUCCUAGUCAACUGACAGAGGUUUGGAAUGUUCAAAAUGUUACAAACUCCACCGAAGAAAUCAGUGCAGAAGCGUCUUUGGACAUUGCAGAUAAACAGGUUAUUGUAGAACCUGCUCUGAUUGCACAAAAAACUCCCGUGUCCACCUCCAAGGGAAACGAGACCCAAGUCUCGACGUCUCUUGGCAGCACUGGCGAACCUUCUACUGCGCACACUGCAAUGGGACAUACCACUAGUCAGUCUAUUGCUGAUUCUGAUUCUCCAAUCACCACAGCAACGCCCACCACACAGCUGAACACUACGACGACUGAGACCAAAAUGGAUCUGGAGUCCACCACUGUGAAAACCACUUCUGGGAGCAUGGAUAGACAAGGUUCUUUAGACACCACUACAGGCAAAAUCACUACCACAAGCAAAAUUUCAACUGAAUCUAAUACUGCUGGUACGUCUACGACAACAGUGUCAAACGUUACUUUAACCUCUACUGUGGAACGUGUUAAUUCUACAGCUUACAAAGACUCUAAUGAUGCGACUACGACAAAACAUUUUGAUAGUGAAAGUACUUUGCCCAGUGAUGUUCAAUCCACAGUGGUUAGUACCUCGCAUUUAAUAACAGUAGAGACAACUACUGGUGACUUUACCACCUCGGAAACCACGGCCCAGCGUACCAAUGAAGACGAUACCGUUGAAACUUUUCCUGAAUCCACUACUGUGGAAAGUACUGCUGUUUUGGCGCCUGAAGAAAGUACUGCUGUAGAAAUACAUGAAAAAAGUACUACUGACCCUGCCCUCGAGGAAACUACUACUGACUAUACACCUGAGGAAAGUAGCACUGUGCCCACCCCUGAGGAAAUUACCACUUUGCCUACACCUGAGGAAAGUUCUGCUGUGACAAAACCCGAGGAAACUACUGCUGUGGCUGACCCGGAGGAAAAUACUCCUGUUUCGACAUCUGAGGAGGAUUUUUCUGGGCCAACCCCUGAGGAAAGUACUUCUGGGUCUACCCCUGAAGCAAGUUCUGCAGUGUCUACAUCCGGGGAAAGUACUACCAGGCCUACUCCAGAGGAAAAUACCACUGUGUCUACACCAGAAAGUACCAGAGUGUUUACGACUGAGAAAAGUACUGCCUUUGUAGGAAGUUCCACUGCUACGGUGCCUACCCCUGAUGAAAAUAAUACUGUGACCACCACUCAGGAAAGUACUUCCGUACCUACAUCUAAGCAAACUACUAUUAUGACUAUACCCGAGAAAAGUACCACUGCGGAAAAUACCACCGUGACCAGCCCUGUGGAACUUACUACUGUGUCUACAUCUAUGAAAAGUACUGGUGUUUCUACCCCUAAAGAGAAUACCUCUGUAACUACAUCUGAGAAGGGUGUUACGGUGUCCACACCUUUGAAUAGUACUGCUGUGCGUACCCUUGAGGAAAGCAUUACUGUGCCAACCUCUGUGGAAAGUUCUACUGUGCCUACCCCUGCCGGAAAUACUAGUGCUGUGUCUGACGCAAAGAAAACCACCACUGUGCCCACCCAAGUGAAAAGCAUGCCUCUAUCUACCCAAGAGGAAAGCACCAUUAUUUCCACCUAUAAGAAAAGCACCCCUGUACCUACCCCAGAGGAAAGCACCGCUAUGUCUACCCCAGAAAAAAGCACCACUUUGGUCACCUCUGAGGAGAGUACUACUGUGCCUAUCCCUACAGGUAGUACUACUGUACCUACCCUCAAGCAAAAUACCACAGGGUCCAGCACUGAGAAAACUACAACGACGUCUAAGACUAGGGAAACUAACACUAUCUCUACCCCGGUGGAAACUACGAUGGUGCCUACCCCUGGGAAAAGUACUGCUGAAACGAGUACAACUGGGCCAACCGCUGAGGAAAGUACCACUGCUCUUAAUGCUGUGGAAACGACAACUGUGCCUACCACUGUGGAAACAAAUUCUAUGCCUGCCACUAUUAAAAUUACCACUGUGCCUGUCACUGUGGAAACAACUUCUAUGCCUACCACUGUGAAAAAUACUACUUUGCCUACCGCUAUUAAAAUUACGACAGUGUCUACCUCUAUGGAAACAACUACUAUGCCUACCACUGUGAAAACGACCACUGUGCCUACCACUGUGGAAACGACCACUGUGCCUACCACUGAGAAAACUACUACUGUGCCUACGACUGUGAAAACAACCACUGUGCCUACCACUAUGGAAACGACCACUGUGCCUACCACUGAGAAAACUACUACUGUGCCUACGACUGCGAAAACAACCAUUGUGCCUACCACUAUGGAAACGACCACUGUGCCUACCACUGUCAAAACGACCACUGUGCCUACCACUGAGAAAACUACUACUGUGCCUAUGACUGUGAAAAUAACCACUGUGCCUACCACUAUGGAAACGACCACUGUGCCUACCACUGAGAAAACUACUACUGUGCACGAGUAUCUCAAAAUGAUGGGCAUUGGCGUGCUUCAGGUCUUCCUACUCCCGUCGGAGGUUCAAAGGUAUAGUGCAUUAGCACUUGUUCAUUGCCAUAAAACGACCACUGUGCCUACCACUGUGGAAACUACCACUGUGCCUACCACUGUGAAAACGACCACUGUGCCUACCACUGUCAAAAUGACCUCUGUGCCUACCACUGUGGAGACUUCCACUGUGCCUACCACAGUCAAAACGACCACUGUACCUACCACUGUGAGAACUACUACUGUACCUACCACUGUCAAAACGACUACUGUGCCUACCACUGUCAAAACGACUUCUGUGCCUACCACUGAGAGAACUACUACUGUGCCUACCACUGUGAAAACUGCUUUGUUACCUACUACUUCGGGUUUCCUUUCAGAGGAAGAAGCUCGAAAGGCUUUUGGUGAUCUUCCCUUAGGAGUGUGUUACUGCAGCAAGUUUGCAACGGUCGAUAGACAGUGUUUCCCAACGGCAUUGAACAAACCGUGUAUUUGUCGAGCGAACUUUGCUGGCACAAGAUGCGAGAAAUGUGCACCCGGUUAUUUCAACUAUCCUUUCUGUGCUUCCUGCAGAUGUAACAAACAGGGCUCAGCUAAACUAACAUGUGAUGAGGAAACAGGGAGUUGUACCUGCAAGACAGGUGUCAGAGGAAGAAAGUGUGAUGCCUGUCCUUACGGGUUUUAUGGCUUCCCCAAUUGUCAACCAUGCGAGUGUAAUCCGUCCGGAUCGUACCGCGGUGGUAGAUUUUGUGAUCCGUACAGCGGUCAGUGUCCCUGCAGAUAUGGUGUCCGAGGGAGGCAGUGCAAUAAGUGUCCUGCGGGUUACUAUGGUUUCCCUAAUUGUCAGUGGUGCGGAUGUAAUCCGUUGACAACAACUGCAGACAUCUGUGAAGAUUAUCGCGGCAGCUACAGGUGCUUAUGUAAAGCCAACUUCCAGGGUUUCUUCUGCGGACAGUGCAGGCCAGGACACUUCGGCUUCCCUGUUUGUCAAAAGUGCUUAUGUUCACCAAGUGGUUAUGGAUCAUGUAAUCAGCUUGGUAAAUGUGUCUGUAAUGAAGGCUAUGCUGGCGUCCAGUGCGACCGCUGUGCAAACGACUUUUAUGGGUUUCCUAACUGCAGAGCUUGUAACUGCAACACCUUCGGGUCAUUCAGUAGUCAGUGCAACUACACAACUGGAAACUGCCACUGCAGGCCAAACAUCCGGGGUAGUCAUUGCGACCGCUGUGACAAAGGCAUGGUGGGCUUCCCCACGUGUGUUAAGUGCGACUGCAACCCAGAUGGCUCGCGUUUCUUACCUGGUUCGGCCAACAACGUAUGCUACGGCUCGGCUAAGUAUCAGUGCCUGUGUAAACCCAACGUGGUCGGUCGGACAUGUGAUCGUUGCAUGCACGGUUUCUACAACUUCAGCGGCAGCAAUCCUUUGGGCUGUUCAUCCUGCAGCUGCUCGGCACGUGGCACUGUGUCAGGAACACGAAACUGUCACGCGCAAAGUGGGAGAUGCGACUGCAAGAAUCACGUGAUAGGUAAAAAGUGUCAGAACUGCCAAGAUGGUUUCCACGGAAUGAGGUCUCAAGACAUCUUUGGUUGUAAAGCCUGUAAGUGUGAUCCUGGUGGUUCAGUCAGCAGAAACUGUUUUAAACAUUUAGGAGACUGUCAAUGUGUCUCUGGUGUCAAAGGAAGGAAGUGCAACAGUCUCUAUUCGUCCAGAGCAAUUUACUUUCCAACCUUGUAUCACAUCUUCGCCGAGUUAGAAGGAGCUGUUUUGACGUCUAACACUAGAACCCGGGUCCCCACCGGCGCGGACGAGGAUGUAUUUCCUAAUUAUUCGGGGACUGGAUACGCAAGUUUUCCAGCGUAUAAGGAUUAUGGGGUUGCCGUGUACAUUCCCAAGACUCGCAAGUACCAUGUCAUUUUCCACUACGCGCUUCGAGAUAACUUACGCACUACUGCUAAAGUCGGCCUUCAUCCGCGAGGCUCGAAGAUAACGUCACUCAACUUCGAGGUGCAGUUCUAUCCAGCAAAUGAACAACAGUCCAAGAGCUUGAGGACCACCGUGAACAGCAGAGGAGUAAACAGAGAAUUCCAGCUGGAGAAGGGUGUCUGGAACGUUAUCAUUACAUCACACAGCUCUAUGCUCUUGCUGGAUUACAUCGUCUUUUUACCAGAAGAUUAUUACAACGCUGGCCUUCUCAAAGAUAUACCACCAGGACCAUGUAUGUUACGGACCUCUAGGCCAGAGCACUGUGAUAUGUAUACCUAUUAUGGCCUGAAAAGUCCUUCAAUCGUGACCAUGCCUGGAAGCCUCGCAUACGCACACCCACUCAGAGGGCUCGCCGACAUAUUCACUGAUCCACGGUAUAACUUAGAUGAGCCACAUCUGUCGAGCAUGGCACUGCUAGGAAGAAAUCAGCCAACGAUAGGUUUUGAUAUUACGGUACCGGGAUCCGGGCCUUACGUUCUCAUGGUAACCUACCUGCACCCAGAGAGAUUCAUCCAGCGAGUAUUUGUUACAGUGGGUCAUCAGCGAGGGAUGCUUGAGAUUCUACCUUGCAAAUACCAGUUUGCGUGCCGUCAGUUCGCUAUGGAUGACAACAAGCGGCCAAGAGCCUUUGAACUUAAGGCCACACCGGAGGUUAACGAGGUUAAGAUUGAAAGCUCGGCUUCGGCGAAGAUUGCUGUAAGUUCAAUAACCGUCAUACCUCAAGCCAAAUGGAAUACACAGUACGUCAAGCCAGAGUUGCUUUGUAGGAUGUUCAAUAAAUCCUGUAUCUCCUCGACAUAUCCAAUACCUACAGACGCCAUCCAGACGGCUGCAUUUUCGCGCCGAAGUAAAGAUAGGAUGUUCACACUUUUCAAUCAAGUUGUCAACGUCUCAGCAUCGUAUUAUGUAAUCAUGCACUAUCGGCAACCUCAUAGUCUCUCGAAGAAAGUCGAGCAGAUAUCGAUUAUUGAUUAUGAAAAGCUGAACAUCUCCGUCACUUUCCAUUACUGCCCGACCGAUCCUGGCUGUCGAGUUGUCAUCGGAGAGGAAGAAAACCUGACUUUCCGGUUCAGCAAAGGAACCUUUACUGCGAUCAUUCAACAUGAGAAACGAACUCAGCUGUUUUAUAUACUCCUGGUCCCAAAGGCUUCAUACUCCACAAGCCUCCUAGAACUCCAGUCAAAUGACAGAGUUAAUCAAUUUUUACAAAACUGUGGCAAGGACCAUUUCUAUAUUGAUCCUACUCGCGGACGGCAGUGCCGAGAGGACGUGUUUUCUUUGACGAUUCGUUUCAAUGAAGAACCUUUGAAGUGCGAUUGCAAUGUCCUGGGCUCUAGAUCCACAGCCUGUGAUGAGUUCGGUGGGCAGUGUUUGUGUCGGACAAAUGUGGUCGGCAGGAAGUGCGACAGAUGUAAGCUUGGUCACUCUGGAUUUCCACGCUGCAGGCGAUGUGGCUGUCACGAGAUGGGAUCAGUGUCCCAAACUUGUACUUCGUACGGAAAGUGUCGCUGUAAGUCAGGAUUUGGAGGAUACAAGUGUGAUAGAUGUGUAUCGUCUAGUUACUAUGGAUUCCCAGACUGCAAGUUAUGCGCCUGUAGCAAUCUUGGAUCGCUAAGCACGUUCUGUCGUUCAAGAGAUGGCCAGUGCCAAUGCAGGAGAAAUUUCCAAGGUCAAAAAUGUAAUGAAUGUAGGAUCGGCUUCUACGAUUUCCCAAGGUGCAAGGCGUGCAACUGUAACCCAGCUGGGAUCAAAUUACUGCCAGGACAAACAAACGGCUGUGGAUCUGUCAACAAUACCCACUGCAGAUGCAAAGACAACGUGAUAGGUGAAGACUGUGACAACUGUAAGGCCUUUCACUUUAAUCUUCAAAUAAAUAACCCGUUGGGUUGUCAGGCAUGUGACUGCGACACCAAUGGAACUCUGGGAACGAUCAAGACAUGCCACGAGUCGAGUGGACAGUGUUUAUGUAAGAGUCACGUGACAGGCCGACAGUGUGAACGGUGUAAAGAAGGCUACUACAGUUUGAAAGGCCAGAACGUCUUUGGAUGUAAACGUUGCUCGUGUAACGCAGGUGGUUCUGUAAGCCAGUCGUGUAACGCAAUCACCGGGGAAUGUUCAUGUUUACCGGGUGUCGGUGGAUCCCAAUGUGACAGGGUUGUAUCUGACGAUUACUACUACCCUACUCUUCAUCAGUAUAAAAUCGAACUGGAAGACACCCUCACGUCAUUGAACGAUCAGCCGGCUUACUUCAGAUAUGAUGAAAGCGAGUUUCCUGGAUUUUCUAGGCGAGGUUAUGCAGUUUUCUCACAGGUUCAGGCUUCCAUAUAUGUAAUAAUUGACGUUCCUCGAACAAGUAAAUACCAGCUGAUAUUCCAUUACUUGCUGGCUCGUUAUGCCCCCGUUACGGCUUUGGUGAAGUUUAUUCCUACACUUGACUCUGCUACGUUCCCGUCAGGCACUGCAACAGAGCAAACGUUAGAUGUUCGGUUCCGCACCACGGCCACGUGGAUCUUUGCUAUUGCUCAGUUCCUUGUGGUCCGAGAUAACUGGGGAGACACACAACAAGUUUUGCUGAGUCAGGGAAAAUGGAAGUUAUCAAUUGACGCCCCUGCUUCUGAUCUGUUGUUGGAUUACAUGGUGCUUCUACCAGAAGAAUACUACAGACCUCAGAACCUCGAAGUGCAAGUUUCCAGUCCUUGUGAACUGAGGGGAGAUCAAAAGCAUUGUGCUCAUUUCGCCUACCCCAACCUCGAACAAGAGGGGUUUGUGACCAUACAGGCUGAGGAUAGUUCUGUUGUUGGUGGAAUAAAAAGAAACACGCGAGUUACAGAUAUUCCGUUUCAAGGGUUGAUACUUAGUGGUUCACGAAACGUGAUGUCUGUACGUCUGCCGUCUAAAAUACAAGGCCAGUUUGUAUUGCUAGCAAGCUACUUUCACAACGCCGAUUAUGGAGGAAUUUCCAGUGUAGUUGUCAGAACUUCCUUUAACACUCUUAAAGCUUACAUGAGCAUUCUCUCAUGCAGAUAUCGUUUUGGCUGUCGUGAAGUAGCCAUAGACGAGAAACACCAAGUUAGCGUGUUCACUGCAAAUGAAAACGACGUCACCACUGUCAGUCUAACAACCACAUUAACCAUCGCUUUGGACUUUAUCAGUGCUAUCCCACUCUCCAAAUGGAAGGAGCAAUUUUUGAUUCCAGCAGAACAGUGUAUCAGUAAUGGCUUCUCGUGCAUUCAGUCAGCUUACCCCACCCCUACUGAUGCGGUGAGAAUCGAGGCUGAAAAUCGGUUUAAAGGUGGCGAUAGGGCUCCUUAUUACAUUAUGGACCGCAGAGCGAGCUUGAAACAUUUGAAAGUAGGAGAGAAAACUGUUCACGUGGCUGGAAGCGCGGGUACUGGACGCUACUACGUCAUCGUUCAUUUCUACCAGCCCAACUUCCUCUCAUUCCUUGGCAAAGUUGUUGUCAGCGGACAGAACGCCGCCUCCACCUUGCUGACAUUCCGUUACUGCCCUCACGUGUCCGGCUGCAGAGCCGUAGGCACGUCCCAGCACAGGGAGGGUAUGAGUGAAUCUAUCUACAUUGGACGACAGAAGAACAUUCUUGUCAGCAUCGCCAUUCCAGAGGAUAAGGGCGUUUGGAUUGAUUAUGUGCUAUUAGUUCCUAUCUCAUCAUUUUCGCCAUCUCUUCUGGAAGUAAAACCAAUCGACGUAACUCAAGAUUUUAUCCAGGACUGUGGACAGUACACAUUUUUCCUGAAAGACUCGUCUUCGAAAUUCUGUCUGCAAUCGGCCUUUACCAUCACAACCCGAUUUAACAGUGGCGCGGUCAAAUGCAACUGCGAUGGACUGGGAUCUACUAAAACUAGCUGUCAAUCAUUCGGCGGACAAUGUGUUUGCAGACCUAACGUGAUUGGUCGAGCAUGUAACAGAUGUAAAAGUGGUUACAAUGGGUUUCCCUACUGUAGAAAACUAGCCACUUGAUAAACAUGGAGAGAACUCCACGAUUUCAUUUUCUGACGAUGUCGAUUGUACCUUUCUUCGCUUGCGUUAUCUACCCAAGACGGCUUUUUGCGUUAUGUUUAUCAUUUAUCACGUUUGUAAUUUAAGAUAACAAGUUAUACGAACGAAAGAAAAAAGAAUUCAUUGUUCGGCCAAGUUAACUAAAAUGCUUCCUCGCCUCAGCUGUAAAAACGUUCUUGCAUUAAAAUGGUUCAAAGUCCAACUCAUUAAAAAAUUUGGGCGAAUAUCCUCUACCUUAGCAUAUACCGUUUUGAAAUUAAUAAAAAAUAUUUAUGAAAUAUUA